AUGUCAAAGCAACUCAGUCUAAUAUUAUUUUCUUAAUACUUGUUGUUCAGUCAAAUUCAGGCUUACAAUUCUCUUGGUUGGUCACUCCCCUCUAAUAGUCAGCCUUUCUAUCUGGUUAACAAUAUGUACUUGAAGUUCGGAAUGAUGUUAGAAGCUGACGCCGGUUAUGAAACAGUGUAUCAGGCCUCUUCAUCCUUUGAGGGCAAUGAGGAGUCAUACACUUUUUAAAUUUAUUCAACAAUUAAGCUGGUGUUAGAUUAUGGAUUUUUAAGCUUUUAUCAAGGGUAGUUCUAUUUUAAUGUAGAACCGUUAGUUAUCUAGCCCUAUGUUUAAACAAUAAGUUGGACUAGAGUAUUGGAUGAUGCUCAGGAUUUUAAAAUAAAUUUAAACGCAUACUCUUUAAUAUAUUACAUGUAUCUUACAGCACAUUACAAGGAAAAUGCUAAAGUCAUAAAGAAAUCAAUGCGUGGGAUUGUAUAAGAUUAAUCUACUUAACAAUUAAUUCCAAAAACUAGAGAUCUUAAAAUUGAUCCUGAUUAUUAAACAAACCAACUAGAUUACUUCCUUAAAGUCGAUCUUUUGGACGAAAUAUUUGGUACUCAAACAAUUUGGCCUUAUUUGCAGUUAUUAGACGUAACAAUAUGA